CAUGCGAACAUCUGUUUGGCGAGGCUUCCAUUGGCGGAACCACUUCCAAAUCGCUCUCGCCGAAUUCCAGGCCCUGCGUCAACUCCAACGCCGUCGCUUUGGCUUCGCUCGGUGGAUUAUUUUCAGAGACCUUUCAGUGCAGGUUCAGUCGUGUUCGUAACGUCGUCGAGUUGAAACCGCAAGAGCCAGGGCAGAUCCACACAGCCAUCUAAGCAGCAGUAGCAGCAGCGGCAGAGCAGGGAGCAGAGAGCAUCGGUUCAGUUUUAAAAACGGAAGUCGUCUAAUCCAAUUUGGCCUAUGACAAUACAAACGCACUUUCUUCGCUACGCAUUAUCCAGGUGCGUGUGCGUAUAGAGAGCGAGAGAGAGAGAGCACGAGCGAGCGAGAGGCGAAAUAUUAAAUUUAAAGACAAGGCGCGUGUGUGUGUGACCCAUGAAAAGUUGUUAAGUAAAAGCAACGCCAAUCGCCGAGUUUCGAGAAUAGAUAAACCAAUAGAUACGUGCGCGUGUUUAAUUUGUAUUUUUGGCACUUUGGUUCGGCAAACAGCAAAAGCAUUUCCCUAUGAUUGGCUCAUUCUGGAAUCUGUGCAGAGCGUGCCCAUCAAUGCCGGUAGACAAGCAGCUCCACUCGGAGUAUCGGAGCACUUAUCGUUGGCAUGAAUUUACGGGCAACUCGCGGCCAGAGGUUGUGCGACGGGCGCCAGCCCCAAACCCAAGUCAAUUUGUUGGACCGACAAAUGAGCCGCCAUUGCCGCGACGGAAAAAAUGUCCAGAACUAGCAUAUAAAUCGCACGAGUUUAUUAUAGGAUCGGAAUAUACAGAUGCACGCCGAGAUGCCAGUGCACAUCGUUUGGCAAGAUCGGAGGAGCGGGGUGGCACGCCGUCGCGCCGCAGCAAAUCGGAGGGACCACCCGUCGUGCCCAAUGGACGUGCGUAUCCCAUUGCAACGGAGAUCGACGGAACCACAAGAAAACAGGCGGGUGAGUCAAAUGGGCUAUUGAAAAAGACCAUCUCUAAGUUGAGCACUGAGUACCGCCUGCAAUUCGUUUGGCCCACUGUCCGACGGAUUAAGGGCGGCGGCGAGGCGUCUAGGGCCGCUGCCGGCGACUAUCCGAGAAAGUCCAUAUCGCUGGGCGCCCUUCGGUCCGGCGGCCAGAGCCACAGUCACACCCAAAACCAGAGUCAGAGUCUGACCCAGACCCAGAAUGGUCACACACAUCACACGAUGAUGGGUGGCGGUGCCGGCCUGCCCACGGUGCAUAAAAAACGAACAACAAAUCAGAAAGAAGCUACUCUACAUGAGUUGGAGCCCUUGGUUAGCGAUACGGAUGAUAGAAAAACGCACGAGAAACAAGUGACCAUUGUGGAGCGCAAGACCACCUCGCGCCCCUUCUCGCAGGCCAUCGACCAGGAGCGCCUGAACCACUUCAUCACGAAAAAGGAGAACUUCGGCUUCGCCGACGCCGCCGUGGCCGCCGCAGCCCUCAAGGACGAGGUGGACAACCGGCAGCAGGCCGCCGAAUCCGGCCAGGUGGUGGUCAUGAACGGCUCCGCCCCGCCGCACUCUAAACCGAAUUUGGAUCUGUGGUUCAAGGAGAUGGUUGAGCUGCGCAAAAAGGCCGGCGAAUACAAGUGUCGCGGCUGGGGCAUAGAAAUCGAUCCGGAGCUGUACAAGAAACAGAAGGAUCUGUGGGAUCAGGUUUCAAAGCGCAGCUCACUCUCAGCACUUUCCCUAGCUUCGUCUGUUCAUAGACCCAUUACAAAGGAGGAGAAGGAACAGGAGAACAAUAAGAAAUCCACGCCAUUGCAAAAGGCCCUGAAGCCACGCGUUCCUGGCCAAGCCUUUUUGAUUGAUAAUAAGGAUGAGAUUUCAGCACUGCCAGCACGCUUUAGCAAUAUACGUCAUCACCUUGAACGCACCACAGGUCCGGAUGUGGAGGAGGGCGCUUUGUUGCCCUCGCCAACGCGCGAGAAGCUGAUGCCGGCCAUAACCAAGCGGGAAUCUGAGUCCCAGCGCGGCAGUCCCAAGAAGACCGCCUUGUCCAGGCACGGAUCGCCCCAGAAGGGCAGUCCUCAGAAGGGCAGCCCCAAGAAGGUCCUCAAAACCCGGUCGCAAUCGGCGGGCCCGGGCGUUGCCGAGAAUGAGUCACCGAAGCGCCAGAUCCGGUCGGCGAGUCAGGCGCCCAGCAGCCGCAAAAAGACGCCGACAACCGGAAGCGGAAGCGAGCGCAAGGCACGCCCAUCCACCCUAUCCACAACAUUCCAAUCCCGCAUUAAAAGUAGUUCCCUGCCACCGCCCAACGGUAGAGUAGCCUCAGCGCCGCCAGCAACUGCAGCAGCAGCAGCCGCAGCCCGAGCAGCAACCGCAGCAGCAUCUGCAGCUAAAUCAGCAUCAAACGCUAAUCAGCCUCAUGCUAAUCAAUCACAAUCAUCACAAGCCAAGAGCGGCGGCGGCAAAAUUCUAAAACCACCGGCAACAUCCGCCCUACAGCAGCAGCAGCCGCAGCAACAGCAAAUGCGUAAGAAAGACAAAGAUAGAUCGAAUAGUAGUUGCAUUGGCAGUGGUAGUCACGUUGGUGCUGGUAGCGGUAGUCAAGCGAAUAGUGUCAAGCAUCUGCAGAACAAGCAAAGGCAACAACAACUACAGCAGCAACAGCAACAGCAAAAGCAACAACAACAACAGCAACCGCAGCAGCAACACGAUGUUGCAGCAGCAGCAGCAACUGCGACUGCAGCAGCAGUAGCAGCAGCAUCGGCUCAAAACCCCGCCCGGCCUGCAACCAUCAACAUCAAACGGCUCUCGGUACCAGGUCAGGAUAGAAAAUUGGCUGAAAACGAUGGCGAGGAUGGUCGUGAGACUGCCAUUUCCAUUUCCAGCUGCAGCCCCCAGCCUCCAGUGCCGGAAGUGCCUGAGGAGCCCCUGGUGAAGUCCCCACCAGAACCGACCCGGGUCAAGUCCCCGGAGCAGAUCAUAAUGCGCUCUCCCGAUCCAGUCAACUGGACGGUGCCCCUAGACACUGGCAAAACCUUUACGGUCACGCAGAAUGUCAAAGAUGGGGAGAACUACAGCCGACCUCAGAGCGAGAUUAAAGCGUCGACACCGGUGGAGAAGCCCCCACCGCCACCACAAUCGGCACCGCCACAACUAACCGAACAGGCUAAAAUGGACGCCUGGAAGUCCUGCAGUCCAACCACCAGUGCCGCGCUCUACGGCAAAACGCUGACGCCCCACGCCACGCCCACCGGCCAGCCGGGCGGGGCGGUGCGCUGCACUGCCGCCCAGGACCAGCCGCCCCAGCAGCCGGAUCCUGCGAUGUCGUCCUCCUCGUCGACAGGCACGGCCUCCACCGCGCGCACCACUGCCGCCGAGGUCCUGGAGAAGGCUCGCGACCGCUUCGAUCGAUUCUGGGGCAGCAGCGCCAGCAAGGAGGAGAGCGUCUAGAUUGCGCACCCUAGGUCCUAGAUCAGGUACUCAGUGCUUUCAAGUGCAAAAUGUAUUCCCCGGGCAGCUAGUUGGCCCUCGAAGGCAAGCAAUUAUGAUACGUAAUAGACGUUAUGCAAUACCUAACCAUAUACACCAUCUAUCCUAUGAAGAGCCUGAUUCCACGGCGACUCAUUUUCCAGUCCAAUUUCUCAAUGCUUCAAAAGCCACUAGUCAAAACCAGAUUUGAUCUUUUAAUUUGCGCUUAAAUUCUUUAAAUUAAACUGUUAUAAAGUUAGAAACUGGUUUCCAUUAAUGUGUGAAAAAGUAUAUCCAAAUUUAAUUUUCUUGAAAUCAUUAAAAUUAAAGAUCUGGAAAUAUAUAAAACUGAACAUUUUUCGUCAGCCUAAGAAAGAUGAAUAUUUUUUAUGAAAAUAAGUUAAACCUUUGUAGGCGUAAGGUUGGGUGAAAAGUUUUGAAAUUCUACUGAGAAAAUUAUGAAAAAUGCGUCGUCAUAAAAACAGGAUUUAAGAAAAGUCCCGUUUCGACUUGGCUUGAACUUGAUCCUAAAGUUAAAUUCGCUUUUGGUUUCCUAGUUAAAGUGCUGCAAGCAAGUAAAUUCAGGCCAAACGUCAUCUAACGACACGAGCAAUACACCAAAAAUGUAUUUGUGUAAGACACUUUCACUGCCUCUACCCAAUCAGAAGACAAAAGCAAACCAACGUUGUAUGAUUUGCAAUUGACCCAGAGAACUUUGCAAUACUUCGACAUCAUCCAGUCAUAAGAGAAUAAAUAUUUAAAUGGGACAACAUCACCGCAAAGACCCGUCCAAAAAGUGAGGCCGUUCGACAGGAGAUAUACUCACAUUUUUGUAACUUUCAUUAGUUGAGCAACCAAGCCGUAUAUUUGGGUAAUGCAUAAGGUGAUCUGAGCUAAACCGCUGAUCCGUCAAAUACCAAAAGUUGAUAAUAGAUUUUGCACAUGAAUUACAAAGGGAAAAACAAAUACGACAACAUGAUGUUAGGUAUAAUUUAAGAUACAUUUUGGCUAGUAAAAACGUAAGGCAAAUGAUGGUUAGAACAAAGCAACACCAAACAGAAAACACCAGUAAACAUACUAAUACCACACAGAAAAUGCAAAAAAUGAGAUUAUGCUUUGAAAAGCUGUGAAACUAGUUUCAGACAUGCCUAUAUUUCUUAAAUAACUACUACGUGAAUGUGAAAAUAGUUGAGAAACAACAAGGAAAUAAAAUGAUCAAACAAGUGGAUAGACCUAAUCGAUUUAAUCAUGUUUUGAGUAAAGUUAGCGCUAAAAUGAUUAAGACAAAUGCUUCCCGAAGGGCAAUAGCUUUGCGAAAGUUGAUGUAAUUUGUACAAGCAUUUUGUUGGAUUCUGUUCUUCAUAUCUCUCAGUGUAGACAGUGUUUCAGUACAAACGUAUUACCAAUUAAAACUCAGUUUGGCAGAAACUUUUCCUUUCCGUAAGUGAAAUGCUUGAAUGUUAAACACUCUAAGAAAUAAAAAAAGACAAAAUCGUGUAAGCUGAAGUUAAAAUUUCAUUACCCAUAAGUUGUGUGAUUAACUUCAAUAUUGAGCUUAAUUGUUGCUUGCCUAUAUAUAUUUUAAUAUAAAACUCAAAAUAACAAAACAAAAAAAUGAAGAAGGGAGAGAACGCCACUUCUAUGGUAUUUAUUGAACAGUUGAGUAUUUUUUAUAUGUUUUUCAUGAACGGACCCGUUUGUUAGUUGAAAUCGAUGAGUUAAUCACUGAAUCUUAUAAAUAGUUACCAAUUAUAAUGCAUAUUAUCAAGUGCCCCUGACAGAAAUUGUUUAUUACGCUCAGUCCUGGUAUUGUCACCGAUUCGAUCCAGUCAAACGCAUUAGUUAGAAAUAAAUAAUAAGAACAACUAACUAAACUCCGGCAAUCUCUACAACCCCCAAAAAAGAUUAAAUGCAACAAACAGGAAAUGCACACUCACAUACACAAGAAAACUAUAUUUCCAGUUACAGUUUGAUAAAAAACAAAACUAACACAACUGAAUGGUAGACUCUUGAACUCAUUUAGUUUUAAAUAUCGUACUUAACAAAUUUUAGGCAACUUUAAUAUGAAUCUACUUAAGAACGAACUUGAUAUAUAUUCUAGCUUGUUUACAAAAGGAUACGAAAGGUUAAUAAGGCAGAAAAGGAAACCAUAACAAAUUAUACUCCCAAAACGAUUCCAAAAUAGGCGCACGAGAAAGGCUUUUUCUUCAAAAUCAAUGAAAAGGAAAAACCCACUUUUAUAAACACUUAUAUGAAAGUCAAAACAAUAAAUACUUUCCAUUUUCGGUUCACCAAAGCAAAAUAUUAAAUGACACCAAUCAAUUAAACAAAUUUUAAAGAUUGACUUUCACGCCUAAAUGCGCCUACAAUUUUAAUGAAUUAAAAGAAAGCCUCAUAUAAAAUACGAAAAAAUCAAUAACAAUACAACCAAAUUGAUAAUUUUUCCGAAUUGUCAUAAAGGCACACCAAAUAGCCUUCAUAGAAAUGCUAACACCAUAUAAAAUAAUUAUAAAUAAACUUUGAGAAAAGUGGCCGAAUCAUAUGAAAGAGGACUAAAUGAAAAAAUAAAAUAGAAACCGAAAAACAAGUGAUGGUAAAAUGAUUAUAACAUUGUACGAAUCGAAUAAAUGAAAAAUGCAUAUAAACGUUUUAAAA